CUUAGGAGGUCCGAGAACCUUUGACAGUGUGUUAUCGAAGCCAUUGAUUGGUAGGGUAUAAAAGAAGAGAUUUUUCUUCUCACCAUCAUAUUGGAAGUUCUCUCCCAACAUGAAGACUCUUGCAAUAGUACUGUUGGGCGCUCUGCUCGCCUACGCAGAAAUCCGUGAAUCUCAAUUCACACCAGGGCGUGAAUACGUCUACGAAUAUGAAGGUCAGGUUCUAAGUGGACUGCCAAAAUCAAGCCAGGAAUUCUCUGGUCUUAGGAUCAGUUGUAAGCCAAGGCUUCAAUUCAAAGAUGAAGACAAUGUCAUUGUACAGCUCGACCAUGUCAAACUGCACAGACUUCAAAGAGAGAUCGAAGAUCCCAGGAGACAACAACCUUUGGAAACUUCCCUGGAAGUUACCGGUGAAGAAGAUGAAGUCUUCAGGAGAGAACUGACUCGCCCAAUCAGGAUUACAUACAGAGAUGGCAAAGUGGUCGAGAUUGAAACCAGCCGUGAUGAACCAGAAUGGUCCAUCAACAUUAAACGUGGUAUCUUCAACUUGUUCCAACUUAACAUUAAUGAACGUGAAUCCAUUGACCAAAACAGAGACUCUAACCGUCACCCAAGCCAGGUCUUCGAUAAGCAGGACGUCAAAGUUAUGCGCAUUCUCGAGGAAAGUGUAUCCGGCAAAUGUGAAUCUGUCUACAAAAUCAAAUAUGGUGUCACCGAAUUGAGCAGGCAAUCAUCUACCUCAGAUAUGGAAUCAAAGAACGUGAUGAACAUCACUAAAAUCAGAAACCUUGACAACUGCGAAGAACACAAGGAGAUGCAGAAAUCUACUAUUUCCGGCAAGGAAAUGGACGAGGAUAGAGAAAACAGGAGAAAUUCUUUGAAAUCUAUCAGCCAAGUGCGUUACAAUGUCACCUACAACAAAGAUAACCAACUGAAAUUCCUUAUUGAAUCAGCCAUUGCUGAAGGACAACACAUAUAUUCCCCAUACCGUGAUGAUAUCAGCAAUGUCGUCACCUUCGUCAAUCAAACUUUGAAACUGAGGGAAAGCCGCGACAUCUCUGAAAGAAUUGAAGAGCCACGUGACACCAAGAAGAACAGCUUGAGAUACGAAUUCCCUGAACAGAAGGAACUUAAAGAGAAGAUCGAGCGUGAAGUUUCCCCAAGACACCUCACCAGAGACGAGGUUGUUGAAAGAAAGACUGAAGUUAGAAAUAUCCUGAAGGAUCUGACCAAGCAGUUGAGAUAUGAGACCAUUUCUGAAGAAAUUCCAUCUCGUUUCAUCCUGUUGGUGAAAAAACUGCGCGAUUUGAGAAAGGAGGAACUUAAAGAUCUUUAUGAUGAGGUUGAACGCAAACAACAAGACGAAGAUGAUGAAGAGUAUGAGAGAAAGAUGAAACUGUUCAAGGAUACCCUGCCAAUGAUCAACACUGAAGAGUCUGUCAGAUUCAUCAAGGAAAAGAUCGAGAGACGUGAAUUCGAGCAGUUACGUGCAAGCGAGAUGCUGAAUCUUAUUGGAUUGAUUCAUGACCCAAGCCACGAAACUUUAGAAGAGAUUUUGGAUCUGUGCAAGCAGAAUGAAAUCCGUGAACAGAAGGAAGUAUGGAAGACUUGUUGGUUGAGCUUUGGCUCUUUGGUCAACAGUGCUUUCAACGAGGACAAGAAAGAUGGCAAGAUUCAGACUAUGAUCAAUGAGGUUGAAAGACAAAUAAGAGAACAAGAACAAGAACAGAUUCGUACCCAAAGAUCACAAGAGCGCAUUGAAGAACUCAGACAGCGCCGUGCUCAGUUGAGAGAUGAUCCCAUCAAGAAGUACACCAGAAAUCUCCGUGAGGGAAUCAGGAGUGACAAAUCAAAGGAUGAACGUAUGAUCUGCCUUAAAUCUCUUGCCAAUGCUGGACUUAAGGAUAACCUGGCUGAUGUCCAGAGUAUCAUUGAAAGUAUUGCAACCAAGGAAGACAUGAAGGUUCAGGCUAUCUGGUCUCUCCGUCGUAUGGCCCCAAAGAUCCCAAGCAAGGUCCGCAAUGUCCUCUCACCAGUCUACCAUAACCAAGAAAAUACCCCAGAAGUUCGUAUUGCCGCUUUUAUUGUUAUGAUGGAUAGCAAUAUAACUGCUCCACUCCUGCAAUUGUUUGCCCAGUCUCUUCACAAGGAACGUAGUCAACAAGUAGGAUCUUUCGUCUUCUCACACUUGAAAUCUCUAUCAAACUCAACUCAUCCUCUGGACAAGCAGAGAUCUCGUGAUGCAAAAUAUGCUCUGCGUUUUGCCAAACCAAUUGCACCAGGUGCACACUACUCUAAGAAUGUACGCUUCACCAACCAAAACAAGGAACUUGAUAUGGGAUUCACCACUGAGGUUAACACCAUCGACACACCAAAAUCUUUCAUCCCACGCUCAGCCAAUGCAAAGCUCAGCACCAACAUCUUUGGACGCAAUAUGAAUAUCUUGGAAACUGGUUUCCGUGCUGAGGGUCUGCAGACUCUUGUGGAGAAGAUUGUUGGACCACAGGGAUCCGUCUGGAAGAAAAGUUCUGUUUUGGAUCUGCUGAAGAAGAGAUCUCCAAGAAGCACAGCUUCACUGGUUGAGAAAGAGAGGAAGCAGCUGAAGAAUGAUUUACCAAUUAAACAACGUACACCUGAAGAGCCAAAGGGAUCUGCCUACCUCAAGGUUAUGGGCAAUGAAAUACGCUUCUUUACUUUUGACAAGGACUCUGUCAAGUCUAUUCUUGAAGAUGGCCAAUUCUCUGUGAAGGAUGUUGAAGACAAACUGAGGUCACUGCAAACUGUUGAAUACCAAAAGGCAUACAUUCUGGCUGAUAUGACCCACCAGAUUCCUACUGAACUUGGAAUCCCACUCCAGAUGAAUCUGUCUUCUGCUGCAGUUGUCCACAUGAGAGUUGAAGGCCGUGCUGAGGUCACCCCAUCAGUAUUUGAAUCCAAACGUCAUGGCCAGAGACCAGAGCGCAUUACUGCAGAAGCCAAGUUUCAUCCCAAGAUCUCAAUGGUGAUUGAAGGCAAAGUUGGUGUUGAUUGUCAUGUACUGAAAUCUGGUGUUGGAAUUAGAGCCUCUGUCAAUACUUCACUUCCAUUGAAUGGUUCAGUUGAAUACAACCUGAAGACAGACAAAUACAUAACUGAAAUUGAGACCCCACAGACAGAACGCCAACUUGUGAACAUUAAGAGCAAGCCAUUUACAUUCAGUCUGAUUGGUGAGAAGAAACAACAAUCUGUUGAAAGACGUGAAAAUGAAGAACAACGUGAUACCUGGAGAUUAUAUAGAGAUGAACGCAGAGAGCAAGAGUCUGGAGAGGAGAAUAGAAGGGAAAUUAGAGGCAAGAAAAUCCAAGAACAUCCAACUGAGGUCAGGCAGCUUUAUGGAAAGAAGGAUCUUGGUGUUGAAUUUGAGAUGAAGACAAAGUACGUCAGCAACAAAAAUGUUCCAGAAUCCCCAGCCCAUCCUUUGUGUGGCCCAGUAGAAUUUAACAUUACUGUUAGACCUGGUGAUAAUCAUCCAAGCAAGGUCGAGAUUGAAGUCCGUGUCAACAGAGAAGACAAACAUGAAUCUGAAGAGCAUCUUGAACGUCACAGCAUCCGCCAAUCUAUUCGUUCUAGCAGUGAGGAAUUCAGUCGUAUGGAUAGCAACAGUAGACAGAAUGACCGUGAUGAUAAACGUACAUGGGUCCAGAAAGUAGAUAGAUUUGACUGGAAGAGUGCUAGUAUGGAGGAAAGUCGCAGUGAAGAGAGUCGUAGUCGCAGUGAAGAGAGCCGUAGUCGCAGUGAAGAGAGCCGUAGUCGCAGUGAAGAGAGCCGUAGUCGCAGUGAAGAGAGUCGUAGUCGCAGUGAUGAAAGUCGUAGAACCAACCAACAAAGCAGGAGUCAAGAGAUGGAAGAACCAAGCCAAAUGCAGCGUGUAGUUAAAGUGAAUAAUGUUGUUGUUAAAAUCACUGGAAUCCACAAGGAAGAUCCAAAAUACAAUCGUCAGUUGAUUGCUAAGCUUUCUUUAGAUAACAAAGAAGAAAAUUAUCAAUCAUUCCAUUUUGAAUUGGUGUGCGCUCCAAGGAAUGUAGAAAAUAAGGAGUUCAAGAUGUGCAUGCAAGGAGAGAUCCAGUACCCAGAACAAGAAGAAGAGACUGUUGAGAAACUGGUUGAAUCCAUUAGACAAACCCGUGAAGACAGAGAAUACUUACAACAAGAAAGCCAGCGUAUGUCUCGUCCCAUCAAUGCUCGUGACAAUCAACAACAACGUGAUGUGGAAGGAAGCUCAAAGCGUAUCCUCACUAAAUUGACUACUCAGUGGGGCAAGAGUUGUGAAAAUGACAAGAAGGUUGAAAUAAAGGCCCGUGUCGAGAAGAGCAAGGAUCAACUCAGAGAGGAGAGAGAAAAGAAUACCACUGAAUACAGACAAUGUGAGGAAGACAAGAAGAAUGGAAAACAAUACUCUGAAGUCUGUACCAACUUGAUGAAGAAACGCACCGAAUUGCACAAAGUCGAUGUUGAGAUUAGCCAUGAGAGACUUCCAAAAUGGGUAAAGAGAGUUUACUCCAAGGCAAUGUUGCUUGCCCAGAACUAUUUGUGGAAUAAUAUGAAGAUGGACAACGUAGAAAUCGACAACUCUUACAACAAGGUAUACAUUACUGCUGAAUUGGACAAGAAUUUCCGUGAAUUCAAUUUCACCAUCAACCACCCAUAUGAGAAUGUCAAGUUUGAAAGAGUUCAAAUGCCAGUUAAGGUGCAACCUAUGUCAACAAAGAGAACUUAUGUUCAACAAUGGUUGGAUGAUAUUAUGAAUGAACAAUACACUCCAUACUGCAAAGUACGUGGUGAUGAAAUCAAAACUUUUGAUGAUGUUUCAUACAGCUACAAACUGUCCAAAUGCGAACAUGUUUUGGCCAAGGACUGCUCCCCAGAUGAAAGAUUCACUGUCUUGAUAAGCAAGAAAAACCUUGACUCUGACAACAAGAUCACCAAAAUCUUUGUUGAAGACAAGAAAGUUGAAUUGAUCCCUCAGGAAGAAGAAAUGCUUAUUCGCAUCAAUGGUGAACAGAAAGACCUUAAGAUUAAUGAAAAAAUGAUUGUUCGUAAAGACAGUGAAAUAGAAUAUGCUCCAUUACGUGAAGAAUCUCGCUACAUUCAAUCAGGUUUUGAGAACAGACGCAGCCGUAGCAGCUCUAGUGAGGAAGAGAGACGUCCAGAAUGUGAAGAGCUCCGCUUCAGAAACCGUGAAAGUUUAACUAGCCAGGAGCGUAUAGUCCUCCGUGAAUGUGAAAGAAUUGAUGAGAGUUACUCCAGCAGCCUCAGUCGCUCUGACAGUCGUCAGGAUUCUAGAGAUGUAUGUGACAAGCUUCGCCAACGUGCUGAGAGAGGAGAUUACUUGACUAGUAAAGAGAGAACAACUUACAGAUGGUGUGAGGAAGAAUCCACAAGUACCAGCAGUGAAUACAGUCGUAGCCAAAGCAGUGAGAUCAGAGAAGUUACCCCAACCAUGUGUGAAGAGCUCCGUCUUCGUGAUGAACGCAAUGAAUACCUCAACUUUGAUGAACUUGUCAACAUUUACCAAUGCAAGAGAGUAGAACGUGAAGCUUGCCGUGAUCUCCACCUUCGUAAGCAGAGAAAUGAACAGCUUUCUGAGAGGGAAAAUGAGCAACUCCGUGAUUGUGAGCGCAAACAUGUUGAGUGUGAAGAGCUGAGACGCCGUGAUGACAAUGAUGAUUAUUUGAACACCAAGGAAAUCGUCAAAUAUUUCCACUGCAGAGACAACAAGCGUGAAGAAUGUAAGAAUCUCCGCUCUCGUCUGGAACGCCAGGAACAACUAUCGGAGGAAGAAAGGGAAACUAUCCGUCAGUGUGAACGUAGAGAAGAUGAAUGCAAUGAGCUCAUUGUCCGUGAUGAAAAUGAGCUGACGCCUGAACAGAAAAAGAAACUCUUUAGCUGCCCAGAAAAGAGAAUCAAUAGAGAGGAAUGUGAAGAUCUUCGUAGCCGAAAGGAACAACAAUUGUACUUGUCUACUGAUGAGACCGAGAGGUGCCACAAAUGUGAGAAAAGAAUGAUCAGUCGUAUCUUUGAACGCAGAGAUGAGGUCAGUCGCCAGGAUUGUGAAGAACUCCGCCGCCGUGAAAACAGAGGUGAAUAUUUGAACAACCAGGACAACGACAAACUGCGCCAAUGCAGAAGACAGGAAGAGUCCAGAAGCGGUAGCUAUGAACGCAGAGAUGAGAUCAGUCGCCAGGAUUGUGAAGAACUCCGCCGCCGUGAAAACAGAGGUGAAUAUUUGAACAACCAGGACAACGACAAACUGCGCCAAUGCAGAAGACAGGAAGAGUCCAGAAGUGGCAGCUAUGAACGCAGAGAUGAGGUCAGUCGCCAGGAUUGUGAAGAACUCCGCCGCCGUGAAAACAGACGUGAAUAUUUGAACAAACAGGACAGCGACAAACUGCGCCAAUGCAGAAGACAGGAAGAGUCCAGAAGUGGCAGCUAUGAACGCAGAGAUGAGGUCAGUCGCCAGGAUUGUGAAGAACUCCGCCGCCGUGAAAACAGACGUGAAUAUUUGAACAAACAGGACAGCGACAAACUGCGCCAAUGCAGAAGACAGGAAGAGUCCAGAAGUGGCAGCUAUGAACGCAGAGAUGAGAUCAGUCGCCAGGAAUGUGAAGAAAUCCGUCCUACCUCAGACCGCCCAAUUGAAUAUUUGUCCAGAAAUGAAAACGACAAACUGCGCCAAUGCAGAAGACAGGAAGAGUCCAGAAGUGGUAGCUAUGAACGCAGAGAUGAGGUCAGUCGCCAGGAAUGUGAAGAACUCCGCCGCCGUGAGAGACAAAUGAGAUGCGAGUGCCAGGAACUUAGCCGUACUGAACAAGAGAGAGAGCUGUCAAGAGAUGAGCGUACCAAAGUCGAGGAAUGUCGCCGCCGUGAAUCAUCCUCCGUUGAGGUAUCAAGCAAAGAGGAAAAUUACUGGAAUAGAUUCGCAAUUCGUGUCCAAACCGAGUUGAGAUCCAAUGAAGAAUAUAGAAGUGAUAGACGCGAAGAAGACAAUAACAUAAACCCAAUUGAAUUUAUUGUCAUCCGCUACGAAGAUAACCGUGUCGAGGUCAUCAGUACAAAAGUUGGAUUAAGGGUCAAGUCUGAUGGAAAGAACAUUAAAGUCGAGGUCUCUCAGUUCUUCCGCUCCGAACUGUGUGGUCUGUGUGGCAACUUCGAUGGUGAGAAGAACAGGGAAUUCGAAGGACCACAAAAGGAAAUAUACGAAGAACCUAAACAGUUUGGUCUCAGCUACCAGGUCCCAAGUGAAAAAUGCUCUGCCGAUGCUACUUGCCUGCCACGUAUGAGGAAUGUCGUUAUUGAGAAGACUAUUGAUGGCCAAAGAAAGACAUGUUUCUCUACUACCCCCGUCUCACAAUGCCUCGAUCAAUGCAGAAAGCAGAAGAGCGAGAAAAUUGACAUGAAAUUUUACUGUCUUGAAUCAGUCCUCCAGUCUACUCAAGACCUCGUCAAACUCAGCAAGACACAAAUCAUCAGCAAGUUCACCAACUUGGAUGCCGAGGUCCGCGAUAUCGUCGAUGUCCACACCGAGUGCGCCCGUAAUUAAAUGCAAAAACUACGAAACCAUAUGAAUCUUUAAUUGUCCAAACAAAUCGUACAUAUCUAAGUUUUUAUCUAUUUUCUUUCUUUUAGCCUAGCACAAUUUGCUUUGUAAAAAACAAAAAAACAUGUCAUCGUUAUUUUAUUUCGUGUGUAAUCUUGGUGUGUGCAGGGUUUUAUUGAAUACUAGCUGUAAUUAUUAUUUUCCUUAUUUUAGCGCACAUUAAAAAUAUCUUCAAACUUCAAA